GCCAUUAAAUCCUAAAAGAAGAAGAAGAAGUGUUGAGCGUCUUCUCUCUCCAGUACAUUAGGAGGCGCUGCAGCUCUUUAGUCCGGCGAUAAACCCAAUAACGAAACAAAGAAAGAGCGCGCGUGUGAUGUGUUUGUGUUUCCUCAGUGUUUUUCUAUGUUCAGUGUUUAAUUAAAUGUAAACACCGUCUUGUGUUGAGAUGUUGAUGAUGAGAGAUGAGAUGGAUGUGAUGUGCUGUAAAUCAGUAGGAACUGAUCUGUCUAUGCUGGAUAUUGAGGAUUUCAUCACAGAAAUCUCUCAGCUGAAGAAAGAGGUGGCGUUACUGGAGACAAAGCUGAGGUUAAGAGGAGAUGAAGGACUGAAGAGAGAGGAUGUGGAUUGUUGUGAAUCUUCAGUGUAUUUGACUGAUGGACGUCUGGAUUCAGUGUGGAUGAGCAGAGAUCAGAGCCGCACACCACAGCCACUGCUGGACUCUAAACUCUCUGAAGAGAAAUCCAGACACACACAGAACUCAGAGCUCAGUCUCACUUUACUCGGUUAUACUGAGUUAAAGCCCACAGACACUCAGGACACUACAGUGUGUGACAGUAAACAGAGCUUACAGGAGGAUCAAACCUCCACAGAGUCUCUGGAUUCAGUCUGUAACGCUGGAGAACAGCAGCAGAUCCUGCAGACCACAAUAAAGAUGUGUUCAGUUAAACUGGAGGACUGUGGGAACCUGAUGAUGGAGAUAAAAACAGAACCCACAGCAGAUGAAUAUGAAGACAAACGCAAUGAUGGUCAGGAGUUUAUUAUCUCAGACGUGAAGAGUGAAUCAUGUUGUGAUGGAGAAAUAACGUCCUCAACAUCAGAAGAGCGACUGACAGCACAAACUCAAGAGAAGAAACUUCAUUCAGAAGAGCAAAGAGAGACGAAGAAGAAGCCGUUUAACUGUGAGCAAUGUGGGAAGGAUUUUGAUUUCUUAUUUCAGCUGAAAGGCCACAUGAAGGGACACAGUGGUGAAAAACCUUUCCACUGCAAUGAAUGUGGCAAAUACUACAGCAGCAAACAAACUCUUGAUAUUCAUAAGAGAAUUCACAAAGAAGAGAAACUGUAUGAGUGUCCUCACUGUGAGAAGAGAUUCAACCACCAACACAUUUUAAAGAAUCAUGUGCGUUUACACACCAAUGAGAGACCGUAUGAGUGUAGUCAAUGUGGAAAAACCUUCACGCAGUCAUGCUCUUUAAAGUCACAUGAAAAAACACACUCUCAAGAGAAACUCUAUCCAUGUUCAUACUGUGAUAAAUGUUUUAAGUUUAAAUUUAAACUGAUAAACCAUGAGAGAGUCCACACAGGAGAGAAGCCUUACGUCUGCAGUGUUUGUGGGAAGAGUUUUAAUCAGCCAAAAAAUUUAAUGAGACACCAGAGAACUCAUACAGGUGAAAAACCUUACAAAUGCUCUCAGUGUGACAAGACAUUUACUCAGUCAGAUUACUUAAAAGUCCACGAGAGAAUUCACACUGGAGAGAAGCCUUAUGUCUGCAGUGUUUGUGGGAAGAGUUUUAAACAGCGUGAACAUUUAGUGACACACCAGAGAACUCAUACAGGUGAAAAACCUUACAAAUGCUCUCAGUGUGACAAGAUGUUUACUAGGUUGAGUUACUUAAAAGUCCACGAGACAAUUCACACGGGGGAGAAACCUUACGUCUGUUCUUACUGUGAAAAAAGCUUCUUUGAUCCAUCAAAAUUCAGAGUUCAUCAGAGAGUUCACACUGGAGAGAAGAAACUUCAUCACUGCAGUGUUUGUGGGAAGAGUUUUAAUCGGCGUGAAAGUUUAGUGAUACACCAGAGAACUCAUACAGGUGAAAAACCUUACAAAUGCUCUCAUUGUGACAAGACAUUUACUCAGUCAGGUUCCUUAAAAGUCCAUGAGAGAAUUCACACUGGAGAGAAACCUUACGUCUGCUCUCAAUGUGGAAAAAGCUUCUCUGAUCCAUCUCAAUUCAGAGUUCAUCAGAGAGUUCACACCUGAGAGAAACCUCAUCACUGUAGGGUUUGUGGAAAGCUACACUAAAAUCAUAGCGCCUUAAAAUCUUUACACACUGAACUGCAUAUAUUCAGCACGAGUAUUCGAAGCAAUAACAUGCAAGAACAAAAUUAAUUGAUUAAAAGUUUUUUUACCACUGUGUUGAAUUUUCCCUCUUCCAUCCGAUGAAUAAACAGUUCGACCAAUGAACUCUUAGCAUUACGUUUAACAUGUUCAGGAGCUGAAUUAGGUGAAUGCUUGGUUAAAGUAGCAAUGAAAUUAAAAUUAAAAACUGUCAUUUGUUUUGGAAUAUUGUAUUUUUUUUUACAAAUGACUCAUCUGUGAGCUUCAUUAUAUUAAAAAAAUUAUUGUGCCCUCAUAAUCUUUAACCAAAAUCACAAAUCUCCUGCCCUCCUAAAAACGAUCUCUCUUUACUUCUGGUCAUAUGGUAUGGCAAGUGGGCGGGUCCGGGAAAAGAUCGCUGUGAUUAGCAGUUAGCAACAUGACCUAACUUCAAGGAUCCAAUCAGUUCUCGAUGGAUGAAUUCAAGUCCAGCCCCACAUUUCUUCAUUUCAGAAGGCGUUUCACUCGGAUAUACGUCACCUUGGUGAAAAUAAGACAAUCACUACUUAAAGAGAGUUUAAGUUCAAGCAGAAUGACAGAAGUCCUGAAAUACAGAUAUCAGUUUAUCCUCGCUAUGUUGUCACUAUGGAUAAAAGCAUAUACCCAAUACGUCAAUUUAAUAAAAAGACUAAAUGUUUCAAUUGAUAGAACUGAACAGAAACAAACAUUUGUGUCUUAAAUUUAUUACAGUAUUUCAAUUGAUUUGAUCUUUUUAUCGUUCACUUCUUGCUGUUCUUUUAUAUGAUUCAUUUUACUCUAGUUAUUCUAUUCUACAAUACUUUCUUGUUUUAAUCUUAUGUUUACCUUUUGCAUUAUUUUUUUCUGUUCCACAUUUAUGAAAUCAGCUGAAGUAGUAACUUUGAUGAAACUUUCGUUUGUGUGUCAUAUUUGUGCAUUGUAAAAAAAAUAAAAGUUAGAAUUUAAUAAAAUUUGA